AAAAAACUCAAUUUUAUAUUUAAAGUGAUGAUUUUUCGUAUGAGCCGUCCUUCCUUUGUGGAUGUUUUGAUUUAAAGGUUUUAAAUUUUCAGUCAAUUUGGAAUAUUAGGUCAACGACAAUGGAUGAAUGUUCUUACUGACAUUUGUGCUACUCCCAAUCAUUUUAUAGAAGUCAUCAUUGUACAACCGGCAAAAAUACAAAAAAAAUCCUUAUCAUAUAACUUUUUUUCUUUUUUUUUCUCAUCUGAAUUUUAUUAUAGGUCAAUGUCCAAAAAAGACAAAGCCCAAACAGAAGUAUAUUAACCACAGAAACUCCAUACAAAGGCCCAAGCCAAAGAAGAGCCCAAACCAAAAAACCAAACAGAAGACAAAACACGUGUUUGAACCUCAGCCAUCAAGUAAACACGCGUCGUCAUGCUCCAUCCCUAUCACCGCUUCGGGAAUCAACACCGGAGAAACAUCCGAUGAUUCACCGGAACCACCGUAACCCACCGGAGUCAACUCGAAAACACGAGUCUCCACUGGUUUUUUCGACUUCAAGCUUCAUCACCGAAACAAACACCAUGCAAAUUCACCAUCAGAACCACCGGGAAUUCAACCAUAACCACCGAAAGAGCCACCUCCAACGACUGUAUUGAAAGGUAUAGGCUUCAUCGGCUACAACACAUACCUUGAGCUUUGGAGAGCAUCAAUCGAUAAGAAUCGAGAUCUCAUCCAAACUCAUACUCUCUGUUUCGAAUCAACCAUCCUUCACUCAAGAUCAAAUCUCCAAUCGAACUUCGACUGUCUGUCCGGCGAGGAGAUCAAUCGAUGAAGGGAUAGACAAAACGCCAAUCUUGCGGAGAUCCAUCAAACCGCCAAGAAGUACGCCGAAGCUGGAUGAUUCCGUCUUGAAGAUCACGAACCACCAGGGUCAAAACCAGCUACACCUCGUCAAGGAGACAACGAUGUACCAGAGACGAUGUUACAAGCCAAGAAGAGGAAGAAAAGGGAACCACCACGACUCUCUUUUUUUUUCUCUCACAAGACCGUAAGAGAGAAGGGAGAGAGUCUACCAUUCCCUCAAAUCCUUAUCAUAUAACAAGUUGGCCGAUGAAAGAAUAAUUAAAAUUCUAUUUUUGAUAUAAAAUCUGUCGUACUUGAAUCCUAAUUUGGUAAGUUGCCAAAAGACAAAAGCUACAACGUAUGUGUGUUUUCAAAAUGGAAAAGUUAGAUAUCAUAAUCUCAAAUUAAAUAAAUAAUUUCUAAGGUUUUUUUAAUAAAAAUAAGUACGUGUAAAUAAUGUAAAGCAAUAAAAAAUAUUAAGUAGGGUUAACUUAAUUGAUUUUAUUAAUAACUAACGAACGCAAAAAGAAUUAGAGAGAUGGGACGGCAGUAAGUAAAGAGGGGUGGGUGGACCCGACCCGGGCGGCACGGAGAGACAGUUUCUCAAUUUUCGUCUCAAAAAUCCUUUCUUUUAUAAAUCUCUCUUUGUCUGAAACGACUUCGUCUCCUUCUUCCACCCAUUCUUCUCUUUCUUCUUCCUCUUCAUCUCCGCCUGCAACUUCUUCAUAUACCCUCUUACUUCUUCUUCUUCUUCGCAGGUUUUGCACUUUGUGAUUCAUGAGUUAAGUCACAGAGGGAGGGAGACAAAAGCAUGUUCGACUGUGUCAAAAAAUCAGUAAAAUCACAAGUUAUCAGUGGCCAACGCGAGAAGUUCGUAAGUUUCUUUUGUUCUUCACAGGUUGGAUAGUAUGGAUUCUAGAUACUCGCAGGGCGCUGAAGCAGGUCUCAACAAAUGCACACUCAAUCUCCAAGGACCAUCACGUGCUAAUGGUGCUGGCCAAGGCAACAACAACAAUGCAUCAUCUGGUUCCUUUAAGAAAGGUUUUAGAAGAGGCUCCAAAGGGCUCUGGUCUCUAGGAAGAUCGAUCGGUCUCGGCGUUUCGCGAGCUGUGUUUCCAGAAGAUCUCAAAGUAUCUGAAAGGAAGAUAUUUGAUCCGCAGGACAAGUUUCUUUUGCUAUGCAACAAGCUCUUUGUCACUUCUUGCAUCCUCGCUGUGUCAGUGGAUCCUCUCUUCUUGUAUCUUCCGUUUAUUAAUGAUAGCGGCAAGUGUAUCGGCAUUGACCGGAGAUUGGCUACCAUUGCAACAACGCUGAGGACUUUCAUCGAUGUGUUUUAUCUUUUCCGGAUGGCUCUGCAGUUUAGGACAGCUUUUGUGGCUCCUUCUUCUAGGGUUUUUGGGAGAGGCGAGCUUGUGAUUGAUCCUGCACAGAUAGCUAAGCGGUAUCUGCAGCAGUACUUCAUCGUUGACUUUCUUUCUGUGCUUCCACUUCCACAGAUUGUAGUUUGGAGAUUUCUCUACACAUCUACAGGUGGGAGUGUGUUGGAAACAAAGCAAGCGUUACGUUCCAUCAUUUUAGUUCAGUAUAUUCCGCGGUUUAUUCGGAUAUAUCCCUUAAGCAAAGAGCUCAAGAGAACAGCUGGGGUGUUUGCUGAGACAGCUUGGGCUGGUGCAGCUUAUUACUUGCUACUCUACAUGCUUGCUAGUCAUAUUGUUGGGGCGUUAUGGUACUUACUGGCUUUAGAACGAGUCAACGGUUGCUGGAAGAAGGCUUGUCUUGUUGAUGGCCAGAACUGUACCAGAAACUUCCUGUUUUGCGGUAAUGAAAACAUGGAUGGUUACGCUGCUUGGAACACUAUCAAAGAGUCUGUUCUUCAGAAAAGUUGUCCUGUCAAUGUGACUGAUGGUGACAAUCCUCCUUUUGAUUUUGGAAUCUACUUAAGAGCCUUGUCUUCUGGCAUUGUCUCGUCUGAGAGCUUUGUAGCUAAAUACUUCUUCUGUUUGUGGUGGGGACUUCAGAAUCUCAGCACACUUGGUCAAGGGCUUGAGACGAGUACAUACCCUGGAGAGAUCAUAUUCUCCAUAGCACUAGCUGUUGCUGGGCUUCUACUCUUUGCUCUUCUCAUUGGGAACAUGCAGACUUAUCUCCAGUCACUCACAAUCCGCCUUGAGGAGAUGAGAGUGAAGAGACGUGACUCAGAGCAGUGGAUGCAUCACCGGAUGCUUCCACCAGACCUGAGAGAACGGGUCAGACGUUAUGAUCAGUACAAGUGGUUGGAGACGAAAGGAGUCGAUGAAGAGAAUCUGGUUCAGAACCUCCCAAAGGAUCUGAGAAGAGACAUCAAACGCCAUCUCUGUCUUGCUUUGGUCCGAAGGGUUCCAUUGUUUGAGAAUAUGGAAGAGAGGCUGCUUGAUGCAAUAUGCGAGAGGUUGAAGCCGUGUCUAUACACGGAGAAAUCUUACCUGGUCCGUGAAGGUGACCCUGUCAACGAGAUGCUCUUCAUUAUCCGUGGCCGGCUCGAGAGUGUGACGACAGACGGUGGGAGAAGUGGUUUCUUCAACCGUAGUUUGCUCAAAGAAGGAGACUUCUGUGGAGAAGAGCUUUUGACGUGGGCGCUUGAUCCCAAGUCCGGCUCCAACCUACCUUCCUCCACAAGAACCGCAAAGGCUCUAACAGAAGUGGAAGCCUUCGCUUUGAUAGCUGAUGAGCUCAAGUUCGUUGCUAGCCAGUUCAGGAGACUGCACAGCAGGCAAGUUCAGCAUACUUUCAGAUUCUACUCGCAGCAAUGGAGGACUUGGGCUGCUAUUUUUAUACAAGCCGCGUGGAGACGGUACGUGAAGAAGAAGAAACUUGAGCAGCUUAAGAAGGAAGAGGAGGAAGAAGGAGAAGGGCAUGUUGCUAGCAUUAGAGCUACGUUCUUGGCUUCUAAGUUUGCAGCGAAUGCGCUUCGUAAAGUUCACCAGAACCGUAUUGCAGCAAAGUCUACUAAAGAGCUUGUGAUUUUUCAGAAGCCUUCUGAACCUGAUUUCUCUGCUGAUGAUCCUUAAAAACAAAGAUGCUGACUAUAUUUUACAUAACUACAUAUAUAUAUACAUCUCUCUAUGAAUCCUUUUGACUCAGAUUGAAGUUUAUUUAUUUAUACUUUUCGUUUGAUUUGUAUUCCAACAUUACGAUAAGAAAAAUGUGGUAGUAUAAAUGAUCAUCUUUGUUUGUUGAA